AUGUCAUCUACGGGACUUGAUGGUUGUGCACCGGACACGAACAACGUUGAGGAGCGCACCUCAUCAUGUCAAAGAUGGAACACUGUCACUUUUGUUGAAAACGUCCGAAUCGGAACUAUUAGAGGACAUUUAGGGGAUCCACAUGACGAUAUUUUCCGUAUUGGUAGGAAAGAGGGUACUGUUGUGCAUCAAAAGGAUAUAUUGGGACACACAGGUUGCGUGAAUGCGGUAGAGUUCAACAAGAACGAAGUGUUGCUUGCUAGCGGUGGCGAUGAUAUGCGUGUUUUUGUUUGGCGAGUUGCGGACCUGGUGUUAGAAGAGGCUCCUAAACCCGCGAUUGUGAUGGAGCGAACUCAUCACUCAAACAUAUUUUGCUAUCAAUUUUCUCUUGACGGUAAUGAGUUGUUCUCCGGUGGAAAUGAUGGGGUAGUUGUACGUCAUGAUAUCGUUUCUCAUAAACCCUUGAGCAUACAUGAAGAACGUCAUCCGGUUUACAGUAUUUCUGCGAACCCUAUCGACAUCAACAUCGUAGCAGCUUCUCGCGAAAGCGGAAUAGUAUCUUUCUAUGAUCGUAGAGAAAGUAAAGAGGGAUCAUUCUGUCUCGUUGAUGAAGGUCAACUAUUUCGUGGUCAGUACAAUCCAGCCAAUGCGCUCUUCUUUGCAACUGCUUCAAACUGUGGUAUUCGCCUUUAUGAUCUUCGGAAUCGCAGGAAACCACUACUGGAUCUGAGAAAUUUGGUGAAGGAGGCUAUUUACGUGGAAUGGAAUUCGACAGGGACAGCACUUGCUGCACUACAGUCUCAUUCUGAUCCAACUUAUAUAGAUCUUGCUACUCACUCCUGCGUGGAGCUCAGGGAUCCGAAUUACAGUAAUGUUCACACCAUCAAGUCGGUAACAUUUAUGGAUGACAAUACAGUGAUGACUGGUAGUGAUGAUUUUAACAUUUAUGCAUGGCAACUUCCCGAGUAUGAAGGAUCAGAAGGACAGAACGCAAGCAUUACCAAGGCGUCCUUUGUUUUGAAAGGUCAUCGAUCAAUUGUGAACCAUGUCAGAUAUAGUCCCUCUAAUAGAAUAAUUACCUCGUGUGGAGUGGAGAAGAUUGUGAAGGUGUGGAGCUCGGUACCCAUUCCGUAUUCUUACGAUAAACCUCGUAUUCGUGUCAAGAAAACAUUCCUUUCCGAAAUAAGUUUUGAUGAAGGAUUGGUAGCCGAUGACACAGCAGAAGAUCUGAACAUGCUCAACUACUUCGAUCAACUUGACAGCAUUGCAAGGAUGCAUGUGGACGACUCUCCUGAUGAGGAAACUGAUAGCUAUGUCGUUAACGUUGAUUUGGAAGGACUCCGUGCUCAUCUUAUGGGUUUGGAGACAUCUGAUGAGGGUAGCGGCAAUGAAGGGCAUGAUGACGAUAUUUCACGUGGUGGAGCGGAUGUGAGAGAAGGUGACGCUGAAGACGAAGGCACUUCGCGUGGAGCACUGCGAGCAUUUCGUCGACGUCGUUGGAGAAUGAUCAGAAAUUCUGAAAGACAAGCAACGGAUAAUGGUGAUGAGGUUUUACCGUCGGUUUCUCGGGAUAUGGGAAAUGAUGUGGAAGAAGCCGGCGCAUCUAGUGACGAUGAAAAUGAAGAACCAAGAAAGCGUGUGAAGAGGAAUACUGACUCUACUGAUUCAUCAGACAAUGAGUUUGGCGUCUGUGAAGGUGUUAUUCCUAUCGAUAUGUGGCCAAUAGAGAGGAGCAGAUCUCCAACAACAACAACUAAGUAG